GAAACCUCAUCAGUAACUUCUUACACUUGAUGUCACCAGCAGAGUUCAGUUUUUGGUACCACAUGAAUGGUCCUGGAAUCGGAAGCUUGUCGGUAUUUAGCCAGUCUGUAGACGGAACACUGCAUGAACUUUGGUCCAAACAUGGACGUCAAGGAUCUAGUUGGCAUUUAGCCAAGAUAAUGCUGCAGCCCGGUCAAUAUAAGUUGGUGUUUUCCGCGAUUGCCAAACACCAUGUAGGCAGUAACAUUGCAAUCGAUGACGUUGUGCUGAACACAGAGGUCUCAAACGGAGUACCAAGCGACAACCCACCAAUAAUUGGCUAACCAAGAACAAGAACAGGAACAAGUUUAUUCAAUAUUAAGGCCACAGGCCCAAAAUACACCAAAACACUUCAUAUAUAUUUUGUCGUAUGCGAGAACAUCAUCAUUUAGCAUUCUUAUUGCACAUACCUGAUAUAAAAACAAUGACAAAUUGUACAGCAAUAGUUCAUUUGUAGAUGACAUCAGCUUCACAAAAAUAAUCGAAGGUGGUACAUGCGAAUAUUUAUUGAUAAAAUAAAAAAUAAACUUUUUCCUUAAGUUCGUAUACUUUUUACACUCAAAUAAUACAUGUAGAUGGUCUUCAAUAAAACAUCAUCAUUAUUUCUAUAAAAAAGGCACCCUCUUUGUUCAUAGGUUAUAUUGUUAGAUGUGCCAGUGUCUACAGCUAAUCCAAAAUUAUUGCAUUUAAACUUCGACAAGGCCCUUUUCAAAUGUACCGCAAAGUUAAGUUACAAGUACCGUUUGAUAUUCAAUAAAGAUUUAUACUGCUUGUAGUAAUAACAUGAGGCAGACAUAUUUAUAUCAGCUGACCAUUAUUGCUGUAAAUUGUCAUAAAGUCUCUGUUUAAACAAUGAGAUAAACAAAUCAUACAAAACCAAAACCAUAAUUAAAUAAAAUUUGUUUCACUUUUGUAACCCAAUAAAUGUACCCAGCAUCAUCUAAAGAUCUUAACACGGUAAUCUGAAAAGUGGUAGCUGAAUACGUUUACACCAGUAUUUGAUCACUCUUGUCAUAUAAAUAAGCUGAAGAUGGACCCUACCACACUCGCCCAACACAAUAUAAUUGUCUGCUGAUUUCUUAACCUUAAGCAGGUAUUUACAAAAUUUAAUUUGCACGACUUCAAUAAUUUUACAUCUGCUAGUACCCAUAUUUCUGAUCCGUAACAUAAAGUUAGGGUUAUCAUGGCAUCAAAUUAUUUAAAGCUAACCGCAAAAAAGUAUAUUUCCUGCUCUCCUGUGGUACCGGUAAAGUGUCGACAAAGAUUUGUUUGCCUGAGCAGAAAGACAGAGCUGAGCUUUAUUCGAAGAUAAUUUAAGAGUGAACAUAAUACCUAGAUACUUGUAAAAAGAAACUGCUUUAAUUUGAGAUCCCAUGUAAAACCACUUUUCAUAUGAUCGAAGGGGACCACCAUUUCUAAAUACCAUAACUUUAGUCUUAUCAAGAUUAAUUUUCAUUCCAGUAGCUCAGCAAAACUGUUCAAAAACUUUAAUAUUGGUUUGUAACUGAGAGCAUGUAUCAGCAAGCAUGGCAACAUUGUCUGCAAAUAUCAAAGUAUGCAUAUUCUCCAAAUUAGCUGAAAUUAAUACUCCGUGAUUACCAGUGUUUUGAAGAAUUUACUUAGUUUAUUCAUAAAAACUUGUUUUUAAAUUUGAGGACUAAGAGUAUAACCCUGACGUAUACCGAUAUUACACUUGAACUAUUCGGAGAGCCCAUUUAUUGUCUUUACCCAAUUUUCCUGAUAUGCCAACCUCAUUUAGAUUAUUUUAUAAAACAUCAUGCCGCACUGUGUCAAAUGCUUUUGAAAAAUCUACAAAUAAACAAUAAAAUCUUCCCUUACAUUUACACAUAUACUUCUCAAUAGCUGCAUGGAGAGUAAAUAUAUGGUCAAUAGUUGAGUAAGUAGCACGAAAGCCUGCUUGGUUUUCUUCAAUUAUUAAAUUUUCAUCACACCAGCCUCGAUACUGAUAAUUUAAAAUCGAUGCAAACAUCUUACUUUAAGAAUCAGUUAGUGAAAUUCCUGUAUAGUUAUUUGGCUCAUUUCGUGAUCCAGAUUUAAAAAUGGGGCAUAUUAUACCUCACCCCCCAACUACUGGAAUAUGUACCACAGUCAAAUAUGUUAUUAAAUAAAAUCUUUAAAAUUUGUGUCAGGUAUGAUUUAAUAUUUUUCAGGAAUUCGUUUGGCUAACCGGUGAUUACUGUUUAGAUUUAUCAUGUGUUUGUAAUGCAAUUUGAUGUGAUCUUAAAGAUUAUCUUGUAAUAUAGCACAUUAUGGUAUUAAAACUAAGAGAAACAA